AUGAAGGUGUUCGAAUAUAUUCGUACGUUGAGAAACAGUCCUGCGCUUGCCAAUCUGGGAGAAUGGCAUUCCAAUAACAUGGGUUAUAGAAAGCUAGGUCUGCGCUAUGACGAUAUGGUCCCUGAUAACAGUUAUAUCAUCAAGGAAGCCUUACGUAGACUUCCAGAAAAAGAACUCAUGGAGCGCACCUUUCGUUUCCGUCGUGCCCUUUCGCUGUCCCUGAUCAAGCAAGAGGCUCCCAAGGAUGAAUGGACUACUACUGCACAGGACGUUGCUUACCUUCGCCCAAUGAUCAGCCUGGUUGAGGCCGAGGUUGCUACCAAGGAAAACUUUGACAAUCUCACUUCCAUUCCUGCGGCUUUAUUGAAGCGAAACCGAAGUUCGUGA